AUGCCGACACACCAUCGGCCCGGAACCACACCAACACCGGACAGCAAGCAAUUAUCAUCGAACUAUCAAAAACCCGAUUUCGGCAUAAAUAAACGGAUCAACUUCAUCAGUCUAUCAAGCAUGUCUUCUCUUAACGACUUAUCACAACUUGCUCAAAGAUAUCAUUUAAAGCGUACUCGCUCCAUCUCACCUGGUUCCUCUUCGUCAUCCUCCUCGUCAUCAUCGGGAUACGGAAGCAUCUUGAGUGCAGAUGAGGAAGAUCAAAAGCAAGCCACAUUGGACCAUCAACCCCAGAAAAAUGAUCAUGUCUCCCAUUCUGGCAAGCAAGACCUUUCGAACAACUCUUCGGAUCACCAAGGCGCCAAAUUGGGGAUGGACAACAAAGGAAUGCAAUUACUUUUGAAGAUGGGGUGGAUCCAAGGAAACGGACUGGGUGUCGGACAGAAAGGUAGAAAAGAACCGAUUCCCACACCCGCUCAAACACCCCUUCUCGGGCUGGGGAAAGCAACGCAAGAUGCCUACAUGCUCUCGAAUGCGAUAUCUAAGCCGAAAGAACUUGAAAGUAUCAUCAUUGCACGAGAAACCGAGGAAGACAAAAUAAAGAGAGAAGAAAAAGUGAAGGAGGUUCAAACUAGAGUGGUCGAACGGGAAGAUCGGCUGAAAACAUUUCACUGCCAAGUGUGUGAUAAAGGAUAUACGACGAUCAGUCAAUUCGAGGAGCAUGAACGAUCAUACGCCCAUCAUCAUGCAAAGCGUGCCUUGGAGGCGAGAGAAUCACGCAAGGCAAUAGGACGCUCGACAGAAGCUAAACUCGAGAAAGAGCGAAAAAGGGAAGCUAAGGAGCUCGAGCGAAUGGCCCGCGCAGCUGGAAUGACCCUCGAUGCCCGACCGUCCGUCUCGGUAAAGCCAGCCCUACCGAAGCCUGUUAGCGCUGGCUUCAAGAACUCAACUGCGGGCUGGGCGAAGCUUCCUGGACCAGCCGCGACCCUUUCCACCGGCCAGAACCAGGGUCCGUCCGCAGAUUCGGGUAUGGGUCCCAGCUUGCCACUCGAUGGAAAUAAACAUAACAACAACUUCAAACCGUCCGGCUUCAAAAAAGCCUCUGGCUUCGCGCCCAUUUCCUCCUCUUUGACCUCUGGGUUCAAGCCGAUCGGAGGCCCCAGUGCUGCAAGCACCCCGACCCCUACGGUCCGAUCAUCAUCGUCAUCAUCCUCGGGGCCACUGGCCCGAUUGCCGCCCGUAUUUAUUGCAAGCUCGUCGGCAGAGACCAGCUUCAAGCCGACUCGGGAACAGCCGCCGGAAGGACCCCGAUCUGCGGACGAUCGGCCAGCACCUCUCCCGGCCAGUAGUGCUCCAAGCGCGGUCCAGCCGCCCUCCAAAUUUGCACAAAUUGCUGCUCGCUUGGCUGCCCGAAAGGCCGCGGCCGCCGCUGCUUCUUCCCACUCAGAUCCUUCAAACUCGAACAAAGCAGAGCAGCCGUCGAAGGCCGCUAGUUAUCAUUCGGAAGUCGAAAAAAUGCUGGACUUGUGA